AGAGCCGUCAUGUAUGCAGGACGCAAGAGGAGAAAACCAGUCCAGAGAGCGGUGAAGCAGGCUCCAGCUGAAGGGGCCAAGUCCAACCCGUCCAAACGGCAUCGAGACCGGUUGAACGGGGAGCUGGAGCGGUUGGCCAGCCUGCUGCCUUUCCCCGAGGAGGUCACCGCCAGUCUGGACAAACUGUCCAUCCUUCGCCUGAGUGUGAGCUACCUGCGAGCCAAGAACUUCUUCUCUGUCGCCCUGAAUGGAGUGAUUCCAGCUGGUGUGAGUGAUGACGACAGCAAAGGAGUGGUGGAGAACAAGAUUCCUGAAGGAGAACUGUUGCUGCAGGCUCUCAACGGAUUUGUACUGGUUCUCACUGCCAGUGGGACCAUCUUCUACUCCUCUCACACCAUCCAGGACUAUUUGGGCUUCCACCAGACGGAUGUCAUGCACCAGAGUGUGUACGAGCUGGUCCACACGGAGGACCAGCAGGAGCUCAGGAGAAACUUGCACUGGGCUCUGAAUCCUCCGCCUGCUACUGCACCUGCCAUCACCCAAGACUCACCCCAAGAGAUGGAACCGGACAGCAGCUCAGCUGUCAUCACCUACAACCCCGAGCAGCUUCCUCCAGAGAACUCGUCCUUCCUGGAGAGGAGCUUUGUCUGUCGCUUUCGCUGCCUCCUGGACAACUCCUCCGGCUUUCUUGCUCUGAACAUCCAGGGCAGGCUCAAGUUUCUGCAUGGACAGAACCAGCGGCAGGAGAACGGGGGAAAGGCCCCGCCUCAGCUCGCCCUUUUCGCCAUUGCGACUCCUCUGCAGCCUCCAUCCAUCCUGGAGAUCAGGACCAAGAACAUGAUCUUCAGAACCAAACACAAGCUGGACUUCACACCGCUGGCCUGUGAUGCAAAGGGGAAGAUCGUGUUGGGGUACACAGAGGCUGAACUGCGGGUCCGAGGAUCUGGCUACCAGUUCAUCCAUGCAGCAGACAUGUUGUACUGCGCAGAGAACCAUGUCAGAAUGAUGAAGACCGGAGAGAGCGGACUGACUGUGUUCAGGCUCCUCACCAAGGAGAACCGCUGGAAGUGGGUUCAGGCCAAUGCCAGGCUGGUGUACAAGAACGGCAAACCUGACUACAUCAUCGCCACCCAGAGGCCUCUUUUGGAUGAAGAGGGAGGAGAACACUUGCGUAAGCGCUCCAUGCAUCUACCCUUUACCUAUGCCACAGGUGAGGCCCUGCUUUACCAGUCCAACCAUCCCAUAGCCGCCUUUAGAGAUGGAAGCCAUGAGAAAAAUGGCAGUAAGUCAAAGAAGAGCCGGACUGAAAGGUUGGUGAGGGAUGGUCUGGACCCCGGCUCUCUUCUCGGGGCACUCAUGAGUCAGGAUGAGUCUGUGUACGUUUGCCAGCCCGCCCUGGAGCCCAAAAUGUCUUUCCAUAGCUUCUUCGGAGACCAAAUGGGCUUCUCUGACUCUGAACCCUCCAGCUUGCACAGGAGCUGGGACGAGCCGAGCAACGGAGUGCUUGGUCCGGGUCUUACAGAGCCAGGCACCAGCUUUGAUCCGCUGCUUGCUACCCUGGACUCCCUGUCUUUGGAAAGUCAAGGGGUUGUGGAUUCGGAGGAGGGGGGUUGUUCGAACGGCGACCUGUUUGGAGCUCUGGAGGGGCUCGGGCUGAGCGCCGAGGACCUGGAGCUGCUGCUGCUGGAUGAGCGGAUGAUCAGAGUGGAGAUGGACCCCGAGCGGGUGCCCACCUUGGACGACCUGCUGACAAACGACGAGAUCCUUUCAUAUAUCUACGACUCCAUAGAGGGGAAGAUUGAGUCCACGGAGCAUGGAGGACAGGUGCCUCCCAUUACUGCCUCGGUGACAGCCACAACAACGGCGUUGCUUCCUGAAAGUAAUGCCACUUCUGACACUAACGUGCAAAUGCAGUUUCCUCACCACAAGCCUCCUCCCAUGGGGCAGGCUCCCAUUGUCCAGCUGUCCCAGCAGAUGCAGCAGCACCUCAAUAUGCGGCCGGGUAAAGUGGCGCACGACUGGGGCCAGCAGCAGAGUGACCAUUUGGCAAACACGAUAGUUAACGGGGAGCUGCUGGGGCAAAGUCAAUCAAUCACCAAUGGACAAUGGACAGCCCAGGACAUUCUAGCUAGUGCAGGGAUACAACAUUAUAAAACACAACAGACUCUUUUCAACGGCAAAGCCUCGGAGCUGGACAGAGAGCUUCAUCAGACGCAUCAACACUACCUUCAGCAGCAGCAGCAGCAGCAGCCCAGGAUGCAGAACCAUCUCUCACAGCAGUGCCACGCCAAACAGAAGGCAGCCAACCUCAACGGACUGUGCGGUGUCUCCAGCUCGGAGCACUCGGCUGCAAAAUCCCAGUGGCAGGACUACGGGUUCAGCGAGAGUCUGGGCAGCAACUCCUGCCUCGAUAACGGCCAAAAACCUCUGACAAACACCUCACUAGAUUCCUGCAUGGAUUAUAGCAUGGCUGAUAUUGACAAUGUGGAUUACACGAUUAGCGGAAGCAGUUUGUUCGGGAGGAGCGGACAGCAGCACGGGGCCGAGUCCACGGUCUCGUCCUUCCAGGGGAUGAACCACAAACGGCAGCAGGAGCAGAUCCCGGUUCCUUUGGCUCAGGUCAUCUCCAGCCUGUCGCAGUGCCCACCCCCCAAUGCCUCGCUGGAGCAGAUCCUGGGAGUGGCCAAGCCCUGCCGGCAGUUAGACCCCUACGGCAUAGUUACCUCUGAGAUCCCUCAUGACCCCAGUCCCAAUAAGAUGGAGAACGGCUGCAUCCUGAGCAGUGCUUACCCAGGAGGCUGUGCUCUGCCCAACAGAAACGGCGCAGCGCCCCCUGCUGUCCAGAUGCCCGGCCCUGAGACUCUGUCCAGCCUCCCCGACCCUCCAGCCACAGGAUUCUACCUCUGACCAGCUGACCAGGAACAGUCAUGCAGCAGGACUCUGAAACACACAAUGACUGGACCAGCCUUAUACAUCUAGAUGACACAACAAACAAAGCUCAAUAAACGUAGGCCUAUAUGUUUUUUCAUUUCUUUCAUUUCCAGUUUGUAUUUUCUUUUCUUUUUUGUGAGCGUGUGGGUGGGAGGGGGUGGGGAUGGGGGAUCAUUGUGUUGUAUUUCAAGUCAUAUUAUCAUAUGAGUCCUAUGUUUACAAUAAUGCAGUCAAGAGUGCUCAGUUUUGAGUUUAUUUGAAGUAUUACAGAGAGGUAAAUAUGAGUUUUUAAAGAUGAGUUUCACAGAUCUGCGUUCAGAUACAACACAAAGCAGAAUUUAGAGUUAGAAGCAAAGGAAAACAAUGGAUUAUUCAAUAUUUAAAUCUAAGGAAAACACACUUCUCUCAUGUCAUAUUGGAUUUUGUUAUUUGCCGUGAAAGAGCAAGAUUACAUAGAUGUACAGAUGUAAUAAAUGUACAUGUAUUGGGUUCAAAUUAGGUGUUAUUGGUAAAUGAUUAAUGCUUGUUCACCAGAACAAUAAGUCAAUGAAUAGAAAACUGAUUAAUAUUUUUAGUCAUU